AUGCCCUCCAAUAUCCCUCCCUCAGCAAUGGGCAUACCCACGGCGUCCGAAGACCCCUCCCAACAGCCCAAAGCGCGCUUCGUCGUCUCGGGCUCUGGCCAUGCCGCACACCCUGACGAUAUCAUUGUGUCGUGCAAAGCGCUUCUGGAUCACGUUACCGAAGUCCAAGAGAGUGCUGAGAGGGAACUUCAAGAAUUCGAGGAGCAGAUCAAGCAACGCGAUUUAGCCGAGAAGAGGAGAGUCGCACCCGGUUGGUUGGACAGUGAAUCACGGUUAUUGCAGCCAGAGAGAAUGUCGGCACAGGCUGGGCCGAGCGCGGGAGCGACAGCGCAACAUCAUCAACAACAACAUCCACCGCCGAUGGAGGAUAAGACGGCACAGCCGGCGGCUGUUGAUACGGGAGCAGAGUUGGACAGGGCCUUUGGCGGCAUGGCUCUGAAGUGA